AUGGUACAGUUGGCAGCAUGGCUUGGAUAUUUUACUGGUUAUCUGAACACAUACCAAAUAAUUGUUAACGCUGAUUUGACUAAGAUGAAUAUUUAUUGGACAUUUAACACAUUUGUUUUAUUAUGCGUAUUACAUAAUUGUGCAUCGAACGGCAUAUUUCAUCAGUGGUCUGAAAGUUCCCAGACUUUGGAAUUAAACAAGUCUAGUGAAGAAUUGCUUACAACUCCUAAUAGUUGUCAAGUUAUUCUAGUUGAGAGUAUACCAGAGAAUUUAACAUUUUCAUCAGGAUCUCCAAAAUUUUUAUCAACAUUUUUUGCUUGGAAAAUGCUUAUUGAUUCUGCUAGAGAAAAUAUUUCUAUUGCAUCAUUUUAUUGGAGUUUAUUUCCAGAUUCAUCAUCCAAUUAUAGCGCAUCUGAUAAGGGUUUCACUAUUCUACAAAAGUUAAAGGAUAGAAAUAAACACAUCAAUUUGAAAAUUGUUAACAGUGGAGUGAAAGUAAAUAAUACAGAUUUACAGACGUUGUCACAAUCUGGUGCCGAAGUGGAAUGGCUGGAUGUUAAACGGCUAGUUGGAAAAGGAAUUUUACAUACGAAACUAUGGUCGGUUGACUCAUUACAUGGCUAUGUAGGUAGUGCAAAUAUGGACUGGCGGUCAUUAACAGAGGUGAAAGAAUUAGGCAUUCUAAUACUUAACUGCCCAGAUUUGAUCAGUGAUUUAGAAAAAAUAUGGAAAGUUUACUCCCUCCUUUCUGGUACAAAUACUUCGAUUCCUUCAAAAUGGCCAGAAGAAUUGCAUACAAAAUACAAUAGCACUAAUCCACUUGUUACAGAAAUCAAUGGUAUGCAGUCACAAGUCUACUUUUCAAGUUCACCGCUCUUAUUUAAUCCUCCUGGACGAAAUAAUGAUCUGGAUGCUCUAUUAUCAAUUAUAAAUAAAGCAGAAAAGUUUGUUUAUAUAUCAGUUAUGAAUUAUCUACCUGAAAUUCAACUUUAUCAUCAAGAUGGAAAAAUAUUAUCUGAAUUUUGGCCAGUUAUUGAUGAUGCCCUACGUAAAGCUGCGCUUGAUAGAUCGGUUGAAAUACGUUUAUUAAUAAGUCAAUGGGCUCAUACAUCCCCAUAUAUGAAUAAGUAUUUGCAAUCAUUAAAAGCAUUGAAUGGGAUACGAAAGGCUGUAGUUCGUGUUCGUCAUUUCAUUGUACCUUCGUAUACUGAAGCACAGAAGAAGAUACCAUUUGCUCGUGUGAAUCACAAUAAAUACAUGGUCACUGAUAAAGCAUCCUUCAUUGGUACAUCGAAUUGGUCUGGUGAUUAUUUCCUUUAUACUGCUGGAGUUUCAUUCAUCUAUGAAGAAAGCAAUCAAACAUCAUGUGAACGAAUUAAACCAGAACAGUGUGAAGAUUUCUGUAUACCGAAACCAAUUAGUAUACGACAACAAGUGGAAAAUAUAUUUCGCCGAGACUGGAAUUCAGAAUUUGCAUAUGAAAUUUAA